UCACAAGGCGUCCUCGGGUAGAACUAGUCCUCUCGUGCGAAUACGGCUUUAGCGAUAUGUUGUCACUCGUCCGAGGUUGAUCGUGUGACAGUGACACCGUGUUUGACUAUUGUUUUUUUUUUUGUUUGUUUUGUUUUAUUUUUGCUACCGGUCUUAGUUGUUGGUUGCUCCACGAUGAGCCUGAACGUCCCAGGACUGGUGGUGAUGGUGAUCUUUUACCUGAUGGUGCUGGGCACCGGGAUGUGGGCGUCCAUGAAGUCCAAGCGGCUGGCGGACAGCAGCCAGGCAGACCGGACAGAGGUCACUCUGCUGGGCAACAGAGGGAUCAGCGUGGUGGUGGGAGUCUUCACCAUGACAGCUACGUUUGUUGGAGGGGGAUUCAUCGUUGGGUUGACUGAGGCUGUGUACACUCCAACCAUGGGACUGGCCUGGGCAGUCAUGCCACUAACAGCAGCCCUUUCCUUCAUCAUUGGUGGACUUUGCUUUGCCAAGACGAUGAGAGACAGAAAGUACGUGACAAUGAUGGACCCAUUCCAGAUUAAGUAUGGAAACUCAAUAAGUGGAGUCUUAUCUGUGGCGCUUCUAAUAUCUGACAUAAUCUGGGUGACAGGGACUCUUAUUGGCUUAGGAGCAACAAUAAGUGUUAUCCUGGAUUUGUCCUACACUCUCUGCAUUUGGAUCUCUGCUGCAGUAGCAAUUAUAUACACGUUAAUGGGAGGCCUCUACUCUGUAGCCUACACAGACAUCAUACAGCUAACACUCAUAUUCUUCAGCCUGUGGCUCUGUGUCCCCUUCAUCCUGAUGAGUCCCCAAUCGGCUGACAUUACCAAGACUGCUUUCAACUUCACCUAUCAGGCACCGUGGCUCGGUUCUGUGGAUAAAGAGAUGGCGUGGAAGUGGAUUGAUAACUUCUUAUUGUUGGCCCUUGGCAACCUGGGGUAUCAGGACUUUCACCAGAGGACACUGUCAGCCGACUCGUCGACUACAGCCAGGAUAACCUGCUUCAUUGCAGCCCCGCUCAUCUUCAUACUUGGAAUCCCAUCUGUGUUAAUUGGAGCAGUUGCCGCAUCAACAGACUGGAACAUGACUUUAUAUGGCUCCCCGUCCCCAUUUGAGCGCGGAGAGGCUGGUCAGGUUCUGCCGAUAGCUCUGCAAUACCUCACUCCAAACUACAUCUCCAUCAUUGGCAUUGGAGCCAUAGCUGCUGCUGUGAUGUCGUCAACAGACUCUGCUCUGUUGUCUGCUGCCUCCAUCUUCACAUCCAAUAUAUAUAAGAACAUCCUGAGGACCAACGCAUCAGACAGGGAGCUCCAGUGGGUCAUCCGUGUCACUGUGGUGUUGGUGGGCUUGGCUGGCACAGCUCUCACCUUCAUGCACAACAGCAUUAUGGUUUUCUGGAUCCUGGGCUCAGACAUUACCUAUACCAUUAUGUUCCCUCAACUAGUCUGCGUCCUUUUUUUCAACAUAUCUAAUGGCUACGGUUCCAUCACGGGCUUGCUAGUUGGGUUAUUGUUGAGGUUACUGAGUGGCGAGCCAUCUAUAGGUUUGCCUGUUGUCCUCCAUUUACCAGGUUGCACUCUUGAGAACGGUGUGUAUGUCCAGCGCUCACCCGUCAGGACUAUCUGCGUGUUAUCCACCAUGUUUACCACCUUGUCGUUUUCCUUCCUGACUUCACUGCUCUUUAACAAAGGACUGAUUCCUGAGAGGUGGGACAUAUUCAAAGUGAAAAUCAUCAAAUCACCACUGAAAGGAAUAUCAAUGAACAGUAUCACCUUAGAAACAAGCGACAAGGAGACCGCUAAGGUUCAGAAUGAAACCGAGUUAAUGUUAAAGACAGAUCAGCUGGGCUGACUGAUUAUUUAAAUGGGUGCGAAGUCUUUGGUGUGUAGCUGCUACAUUAUCAUGAUUAUAUAUUUUUUUUACCACUUUGACCACAGGUUGGUGUAAGAAAUCAUCACAUGCAACAAAUAUUAUAUUGGUGUGUUGAUUUCAAUUAUAUUUGGGGAAUGAUGAACUGAUGUAUUACAUUUCUGGCGACCUUCUGCCACUUUUUCAGGUGCAUUAAAAAAUGUGUGGGGUUUAAAGUCUGUUUAAGUAUGGGUUAGUAAACAAUAUUAAUGUUAAAUGGUGUCUGUGUGUAUAUAUAUAUGUGUAUAUAUAUGUGUAUAUGUAUAUGUAUAUAUGUGUAUAUAAUAUAUACAUAUACAUAUGUGUAUAUGUAUAUACAUAUACACAUGUGUGUAUGUAUAUAUAUAUUUGUAUAUGUAUAUAUAUAUGUGUAUAUAUAUAUGUGUGUAUAUGUAUAUAUAGUGGUCUUCUACCUAUUGGUAUACAAAGAGUUUUACAGUCACAAUGGCACAUUUACCCUUUCAUUCAUGCACACACAUAUAUCAGUGCUAGGCACUGCAAGCAACUCAGGGUUCAGUGUAAAACUUUAAUAUGUUUCAGGCAGUGCCUACCUUUUAUUUCAGAAAUCUCAUGGGGAAAUAAUGUGCAAUGUUUUUUUUUUUAUUAUUAUAAUUAUUAUUAUUAUGUUAUGACAUUCUUCUGAUUUGGUGUGGGUUAAAUGUUUUCCACCCAACCUGUUUAAUUCACUUUAAGCACUAGGACUGAGUAUUUUCCUUGGUCACUGCUUAUUUUUUCUUUCACUAACACCAUAGUAUAUUAUGAUUAAAUAAAUACAAAAUAUAUCUUAAUGUU